GGAGGAAGGGGCGGGGAGAGCGCCGGAGGGAGGCCGGUCGGCCGCGGGCGGGCGGGCAGCGCAGCGCAGCGCCGAGCGGGGCCCGCGGGCCCAUGAGGAGGCCCGGGGACCAUGGGCUCCAGGAUCAAGCAAAACCCAGAGACCAUGUUUGAAGUGUAUGUUGAAGUGGCCUAUCCUAGGACAGGUGGCACUGUUUCAGAUCCUGAGGUGCAGAGGCAAUUCCCGGAGGACUACAGUGACCAGCCUCUCAGUUAGCCAAGUUGGCCAGAACUUCACGUUUGUGCUCACUGACAUUGACAGCAAACAGAGAUUCGGGUUCUGCCGCUUAUCUUCAGGAGCCAAGAGUUGCUUCUGUAUCUUAAGCUAUCUCCCCUGGUUCGAAGUAUUUUAUAAGCUGCUUAACAUCUUGGCAGAUUACAGGACAAAAGGACAGGAGAGUCAGUGGAAUGAGCUUCUUGAAACUCUGCACAAACUUCCUAUCCCUGACCCAGGAGUAUCUGUUCAUCUCAGCGUGCAUUCUUAUUUUACUGUGCCUGACACCAGAGAACUUCCCAGCAUCCCUGAGAAUAGAAAUCUGACAGAGUAUUUUGUGGCUGUGGACGUAAACAACAUGCUGCAUCUGUACGCGAGCAUGCUCUGCGAGCGCCGGAUCCUCAUCAUCUGCAGCAAGCUCAGCACUUUGACUGCUUGCAUCCAUGGGUCUGCUGCGAUGCUCUACCCCAUGUUCUGGCAGCACGUGUACAUCCCCGUCCUGCCUCCACAUCUGCUGGACUACUGCUGCGCUCCCAUGCCCUACCUCAUAGGAAUCCAUUUAAGUUUAAUGGAGAAAGUCAGAAACAUGGCCCUGGAUGAUGUCGUGAUUCUGAAUGUGGACACCAACACCCUGGAAACCCCCUUUGAUGACCUCCAGAGCCUCCCGAAUGACGUGAUCUCUUCACUGAAGAACCGGCUGAAGAAGGUCUCCACAACAACUGGCGAUGGUGUGGCCAGAGCCUUCCUCAAGGCCCAGGCCGCUUUCUUCGGCAGCUACCGAAACGCUCUGAAAAUAGAGCCGGAGGAGCCAAUCACCUUUUGCGAGGAAGCCUUCGUGUCCCACUAUCGCUCCGGAGCCAUGAGGCAGUUCCUGCAGAACGCCACACAGCUGCAACUCUUCAAACAGUUUAUCGAUGGUAGAUUAGACCUUCUCAAUUCCGGUGAGGGCUUCAGUGAUGUUUUUGAAGAGGAGAUCAACAUGGGCGAGUAUGCUGGGAGCGAUAAACUGUACCACCAGUGGCUCUCCACAGUCCGGAAAGGAAGUGGAGCAAUUCUGAAUACUGUAAAAACGAAAGCAAACCCAGCCAUGAAGACCGUCUAUAAGUUCGCAAAAGAUCAUGCAAAAAUGGGAAUAAAAGAGGUGAAAAACCGCUUGAAGCAAAAGGACAUCACCGAGAAUGGCUGUGUCCCCACCACAGAAGAGCAGCUGCCGAAGACGGCGCCGUCCCCACUGGUGGAGGCCAAGGACCCCAAGUUCCGAGAAGACCGGAGGCCAAUCACAGUCCACUUUGGACAGGUGCGCCCUCCCCGGCCACACGUCAUUAAGAGACCGAAGAGCAACAUCGCGGUGGAAGGCCGGAGGACGUCCGUCUCGAGCCCCGAACAGCCGCAGCCGUAUCGGACACUCAAGGAGUCAGACAGCGCUGGAGACGAGGCGGAGAGCCCUGAGCAGCGAGCGCGGGAGCCUGUGGGCCCCACCCCAGCUCCGCCCGACCGGGCUGCCAGCAUCGACCUCCUGGAGGACGUCUUCAGCAGCCUCGACAUGGAGGUCCCACUGCAGCCGCUGGGCCAGGCCAAAAGCUUGGAGGACCUUCGGCCCCCCAAAGACCUGAGGGAGCAGCCGGGGACCUUUGACUAUCAGAGGCUGGACCUGGGCAGGAGUGAGAGGAGCUGUGGGAUGCCGGGAGCCUUGAAGCUCGCCCACCCACACAACAAGCUCUGGAGCCUGGGCCAGGACGACAUGGCCGUCCCCAGCAAGCCUCCUGCCACCUCCCCCGAGAAGCCCUCGGCCCUGCUUGGGAAAUCCCCGGCCCUGCCCAGCAGGCCCCAGAACCGGGACGGCAUCCUGAACCCCACCGACAAGGAGGAGGUGCCCACCCCCACUCUGGGCAGCAUCACCAUCCCCCGGCCCCAGGGCAGGAAGACCCCGGAGCUGGGCAUCGUGCCCCCGCCCCCCACUGCCCGCCCGGCCAAGCUCCAGGCUGCCGGCACUGCCCUCGGCGACUUCUCCUCAGAGCGGCUGCAGGCGGAGCGGGAAAGGCGGGCUGCCCUGGGCUCAGCCGCGAUCCCCGGGCUCCACCCCAGCGCUGCCCCCCAAGACCCCACCGAACUGCUCCAGCCACUCAGCCUGGCCCCGGAGGCUGCGGGCACAGGCAGUGAUGCCCUGCUGGCCCUCCUGGACCCACUUAGCACAGCCUGGUCAGGCAGUACCCUUCCACCAGGUCCUACAGCCCCAAAUGUAGCCACCCCAUUUACUCCCCAGUUUAGCUUCCCCCCCAUGGGGACCCCCACCCCAUUUCCACAGCCAUCACUCAACCCCUUUGUCCCAUCUGUGCCAGCGACACUGCCUGCCAUGCCCCUGGUCUCCACGCCAGCUGGGCCUUUUGGGGCCCCUCCUGCUUCCCUGGGGCCUGCUUUUGCCCCCAGCCUCCUGCUGUCCAGUUCUGGCUUCUGUGCCCCACAGAGGUCUCAGCCCAACCUUUCUGCCCUCUCCAUGCCCAACCUCUUUGGCCAGAUGCCCAUGGGUGCCCACUCCCUGCAGCCCCUGGGUCCCCCAGCAGUCACCCCUUCAAGGAUCCGAACAUUGCCCUUGGCCCGCUCAAGUGCCAGGGCCGCCGAGGCCAAGCAAGGGCUGGCGCUAAGGCCUGGAGACACCCCACUCCUUCCUCCCAGAGCCCCCCAGGGCCUGGAGCCAGCGCUGCAGCCAUCUGCUCCACGAGAGGCCAGAGACCCCUUUGAGGAUUUGUUACGGAAAACCAAGCAAGAUGUGAGCCCGGCCCCAGCCCCCGGCUCAGUGGAGCAGCUCAGGAAGCAGUGGGAGACCUUCGAGUGAGCGGGCGCUGAGUGCUGGGGGCGAGCUGAGGCCCGGCUGCCCACUGCGGCAGCUCUGCGGCUGGCCGGCCCUGCUUCCCCUGCUGCUAUUUCUGUCCAGGUUCUACUGGUGGGAAGGGUUGGGAGCCCUCUCUGCUGCCCCUCCUCCUCUCCACACUGCCCAUCUCUGGAGAACGGCACCAGUUCCAGCCUGGGAAUCAACCCAGCUCCUGGGCACUUGUCCUGCUCUGCCACCACCCCUCCCCUGCACCCCUGAUUGGGUUUUGCACUAGAGAGGUCAUCUGGGCCGAUGAUUGCCCCAGACCCCAUCCUACCCAGCUUCCUUCUGGAAACUGCCCACCAGGAGCCCCACGCCGCCUCAGGAUGUGUCCUCCUGAGCCCUGUUCUCCUGCCCCAACUGCAGCCCAGCCCUGCACACCCCACCUUGAUGGGCGCAGGCAUUGGCAGUACCCUCGGCAUGAGCUCGUCUGCACGAGACGCACAUGGUCUGGAGUUUGCAGUAAGGAACCCCCCUCCCAGGCUGGAGGAGCUACUGGCAAGGCAUUUCCAAAUCCUCUCUAGCAAUAUGCACACUCAUUCUUUCCUGAGUCUUCACCCCAACCCCCAAACUUCGUUUUUCUGGCUUGGUAGGGACUUGGGGGCUGAGGCAUCCUUGCAAUCCCUCCGGGUAGCCAAAGCAAGCCCCAGACAGCCCUGCGUGGGGCCCGAGAGCACCAGCAACUCUGAUCUGUAGACGACAAAACAGCAACAGGUAAAUCUGAGAGCACCAGGAGGGGUCAGGCUGCCGCCCCGCACUCUCCCUCUGGUCCCCACAGGUUCUCCUGGUCUUGAGUUACUGUCAAGCGGGACUCGGCCUCUUGCUGAGUGGGUCUAAGGGGGCAGAGUUGAGGAGCAGACACCCACAUUCCCACUGGAAGACCAGGCUUAGCACCACAGAGGCGCAGGAGUCCCAGCUGCCUGGCAGCUUGGGGCAGGAGGGCGCCGAGCCCCUCUCCAGGCCCCUGGGGAGUGGGCGGGCCUGGCCUCUCGCGCUUCUUGCAGCCUGGAGGCAGGAGAAGGGCUUGGAGCCGCCCCUCCCUAUUUCCCGGAGGCCAGCCUCCCCAAAGCUAAGUUGAAACGUUUUGUUAUUGUUUCUUUUAUCUUUCUUUUCCUUUUUACUUUAUUGAUUUGAUGAAUCUUGAAAUUGACUAGUUUCAAUAAACCAAGUUAAAAUGUGGCCCAACCAUUUAAAAAAACAACCAUCUGAGACAUGCAGGAAAUUCGGAGCAUUUUGACCUCAUUUCUCAUUUCCUAUUUGUGAACGGUCAGACAUACAGUCUCAGGGGUGUCUGGCGGGGCAGGGGAGUUCCUGGAGACCUCGUAACCCCGGGGAGCCUGGUCAGCAUCCGAGGGGCUAGGAGACCACCCCUCAGGUUUGCUCUGACGCGGGGUGUGAAGAGCUGCUGGCCCAGCACGCAGCCCCUUCCUCCGUCAGUCAUAGCCCCUCGGGCAAGUCUUCUAAGUCUCGGCAGUGUCCUCUGGCUGUUGGAAGCGGGGGAGCUGUGUCAUGUCUGGGCCAUGUGGGCACCUCUAGGACACUCAGGUGUUUCAGUAGAGAUUCCAGAUCCACCCACCCUGGGCAGACCCCUGAGCCCCAUCAGGUAUAGGGUAGCCCACCCAGUGGGCAGAGUCUAAGGCAAGAGGUACCAGGUGGCCCCAGGGAAGUGGAGCCCAGCCCCUGGUCUCCCUGGCUUGCUGGGGCCUGGUGGCAAGCGCUCCACAUUCACAUGAGCGCUGCUGUCUCUCCACUUGCUGGACUGAAUGUGAAAAUCCAAGGAUGAAUUGUGUGUGUGCGUUCAAUAAAAUCUUCUUGGGGAGAA